AUGACAAUUAACGUUGGAAUUAAUGGAUUUGGUCGUAUUGGGAGACUAGUCCUUAGAAAUGCUUUACAAAGACAAGAUAUAAACAUAAUUGCCAUAAACAACCCCUCCACAGAUGCUGAAUACGCUGCUUAUUUAUUUAAAUACGAUUCAACUCAUGGGAAAUAUCAAGGUGAAGUUGAAUAUGAUGAAGAUAAUUUAAUAAUUGAUGAUCAUAAGAUCAAGCUUUUCAGAGAAACUGAUCCAAUAAAUAUUCCAUGGGAAGAAUUAGGCGUUGAAUAUGUCAUUGAAUCAACUGGUGUUUUCAAAGAAUUAGAUUCAGCUCAAAAACAUAUCAUUGCUGGUGCUAAGAAAGUUAUAAUAACUGCACCUUCCAAAACUGCACCAAUGUAUGUUGUUGGUGUUAAUGAAGAUAAAUACAAACCUGAAGAAACCAUUAUAUCAAAUGCUUCAUGUACAACAAAUUGUCUUGCCCCAUUAGUUAAAGUCAUUCAAGAUAAUUUUGGUAUUGAAGAUGCAUUGAUGACUACAGUUCAUUCUGCAACUGCUUCACAAAAAUUAGUUGAUGGUACUUCAAGAAAAGAUUGGAGAGGUGGUCGUUCUGCACCAGGUAAUAUCAUUCCAUCAUCAACAGGAGCUGCUAAGGCUGUUGCUGCAGUUAUACCUGAAUUAAAGGGUAAAAUUACAGGUAUUUCAUUAAGAGUUCCAACCAUAAACAUUUCCAUCGUGGAUUUGACAGUUCGUUUAACCAAGACAACAUCUUAUCAAGAAAUUAAAGAUACUAUCAAAUCAUAUUCAAAAGGACCAUUAAAGGGUAUCUUGGGCUAUACAGAUGAAUUUGUCGUUAGUUCUGAUUUCACAAGUGAUUCAAGAUCAAGUAUAUUUGAUGCGAAAGCUGGUCUAGAAUUAAAUGGAAAUUUCUUCAAACUUUUGGCUUGGUAUGAUAAUGAAUAUGGAUAUAGUUCAAGAGUUGUUGAUUUAUUAGAGCAUGUUGCCCAUGUUAGUGCUGAAUAG